AUGUCCACCUCUCCGACCAUGCCCAUGAAGAGCCAGGCCAAAGUAAUGGAGGAACCUGCUUCGUUCAGCAACGAACCGCGAUGGGCCAUGGGCAGCAGCGUCUUUGACAAUCUUGAGCAGGAGCUGAAAGCCGCUCGUAACGAGAAAAACGUCCUUAGUCGUACUCCGGCUCUGCGGACGUCGUUCUUCCAGCACGGUCUCCGCUACAUCCCCGGCCGGCAUGAUAACGACCUCUACCGCAGUGUUGUCGUUGAGAAUCUCCCUCCACACGCGAACCUGGGCCAAAUCCUCCUCGGCAUCCGUGGAGGAGCGAUCUAUUCAGCGAUCUUGUGCGAUACAAACGUCCUAACUGGAACCCAGACUGCACUGGUGACCUUUGUCCGACAGGAGGGUGCUCUCGCCUUUCUGCAGCGAGUGGCUCAAGAUGACUUCUACAUCGGUUUCCAUCAGGCUUGGGUGUGCCCGGUGCUAACGCCGACCUACCCUCUCGCUCCGGAGAUGGACAUUUAUGUUAAGAAUGGCCGUACUCGGUGCCUGGCUGUCAAUCGAGUGCGCCCCGGCGUGGUGCAGAAUAUCCAUCGCAUCCUGUCCAAGUCGCCCUGCCACCUGUACGUGGAAUACUUUGGCGAGAAUCCGUCCGCCUGCAAUGAGAUCCGUGUUCACUUCCACUCGAUCAAGAUGGCGAUGCGCGCGCGCGAGAUCCUGGCGGGACACGCGAGUCUGGAGGGCUGCGGCAUCCUUUUUGCGCCCGAUCCUUGCGCGAUGUGA